AUGUUCCCCGAUAAUAAACGGCGGAUCUGGGUCCGUCGGGCCAAUAGACCUCCCACAACCCUGUAUGUGAGCUCAUUUGAUAUCGUUGACGACGUGAAGACGUUGGUUGCGCAGAAGUAUCCAACCACUUUGGGUAGGCACUUUGAUCCUGCCGAUAUUCAGUUGAGAAUGAGUAUCAACUCGUCCAUGGAUUCUACCAGGUCUUCGAAAUCCGAGUCUGCAAGACUUUCUCCUGCCAACGGUUCAAUUCCUAAGAGAGCGUAUGACGCUCCGCUCUCACCCAUUUCUCCUAUUCCCAUUCCCCUGCGAUCAUCUGGCUCCAUUUUGAAUCGACAACUUUCCACAAGCGACUUCCACAAUGAACACUUAUCGGGUAGUUUACCAAGUACCACCACUCAUAAUGUCCUUCUUGGAGCAGACCAGUCUGUUUGGAAGUUACUAGACUUGUAUUUUCCCCAUGGAAUGACUAUGCAUGAUGCAUUUAUCAUUGAAAGCCCUGAAGCAAAAAGCUCGCCGGAGACCGGACAAGAAACAAAACCAGAGGCAAUCCGGAGCUUACCCUAUGAAGAGCCAGCCGAACCGCAUUGUCGCUCAGCCUCCACCUCACCCAAUCUUUCAUCGAUCCAACGCAAAUCUCAUUCAAACCCACAUUCACCGACCUCUACCGUUUUACUUCUUCCCAGAAGCAAUGCAUUGGCCAAAUCCAACGAGAGAAGAAGGAGGCAUAUACAUGAUUCAACUUCUGAGCAAGACGUGAAGCCUGAUGGAAAUUCUUCACAGCAAAAUCAAGAUAAGACUCAGACUGAGGUGCAUCCGGGGGCUGCCUCAGUUGUAUCACCUUCUCAGACAGAAGCCACCAAAGGUAAGAGCAGCUCAAAUGAAUCGUCCAUAAAGAAGAAGCCCAAAUCUGCGCUAGACAAAGUCCUGCCUAGUGUCAACGUCUUAAUUGUUGAAGAUAAUAAAAUUAAUGCAGCAAUCUUAAGUGCUUUCCUAAGAAAGAAUCACGUUCGUUAUUCUGUAGCUAAGAACGGUGAAGAGGCCAUCCAAAGUUGGAGACAAGGCGGAUUUCAUCUCGUUCUCAUGGAUAUUCAGUUACCAGUAAUAUCGGGUAUUGAUUGCACCAGGGAAAUCCGAAGACUUGAGAAAUUGAAUCAAGUUGGAGUAUUUGUGAGGAACGAGGAUCAAGAACACACGACACUAGAUGAAGAAGAUAAGCUAGAUACGAAUAUUUUCCGCUCUCCGGUGAUAAUUGUGGCCCUAACAGCCUCGACUUCAGAUAUUGAUAAACGAAAGGCACUGGCUGCUGGUUGUAAUGAUUUCCUAACAAAACCCGUCAACUUGGUUUGGCUGGCCAAUAAGAUAAAGGAGUGGGGAUGCAUGCAAGCUUUAAUUGACUUCGACAGUUUCAAAGGUUCUUCUUUCAGAGAUUUGUAA